CCCGCGGCAGGAGCUGUGCCCGGGGCAUCCCACCGGAGAGAGACCCCGCUCCCCCGGCUUCGGGUGGGGCGGGCCCUCGGGACACCGCCGCCCGGGGACGUUUUCCUGGUGGUGAACCGGCCGGGCCGACCCAGACUGGCCGGCCGACGUCACCGCGCCCCUCCCCGUGCCACACCCCCCGGUGGGGUGGUUGGAUCUCGCCGGGGCCGGGCCGGGCCCCUCCGCGGCUCGCUCUCGCCAGAUGAAGGAUUUGGGGGCCGAGCACCUGGCAGGUCGGGAAGGGGUCCGGCUCUUCGGAUUGUUGAACCUCUACUUGGAACAGGAACAGCGGUUCCAACCGCGAGAGAAAGGGCUGAGCUUGAUCGAGGCUACCUCGGAGAAUGAUAACACUUUGUGUCCAAGAUUGAGAAAUGCCAAAGUAGAAGACUUAAGGAGUUUAACCAACUUUUUUGGAUCUUGCACUGAAACUUUUGUCCUGGCUGUCAAUAUUUUGGACAGAUUCUUGGCUCUUAUGAAGGUGAAACCUAAACAUUUGUCUUGCAUUGGAGUCUGUUGUUUUUUGCUGGCUGCUAGAAUAGUUGAAGAAGAAUGCAAUAUUCCAUCCACUCAUGAUGUAAUCCGGAUUAGUCAAUGCAAAUGUACUGCCUCUGACAUAAAACGGAUGGAAAAAAUAAUUUCAGAAAAAUUGCACUAUGAAUUGGAAGCUACUACUGCCUUAAACUUUUUGCACUUAUACCAUACUAUAGUAUUUUGUCAGACUUCAGAAAGGAAAGAAAUACUGAAUCUUGAUAAACUAGAAGCUCAGCUGAAAGCUUGCAACUGCCGGCUUACCUUUUCAAAAGCAAAACCAUCUGUAUUAGCUUUGUGCCUUCUCAAUUUGGAAGUAGAAACUUUGAAAUCCAUUGAAUUAUUGGAAAUUCUUCUGCUUGUUAAAAAACAUUCCAAGGUUAAUGACACUGAAUUCAUUUACUGGAGGGAGUUAGUUUCUAAAUGCCUCGCUGAAUAUUCUUCUCCUGAAUGUUGCAAACCAGAUCUUAAGAAAUUGGUUUGGAUUGUUUCAAGGCGCACAGCCCAGAAUCUCCACAACAGCUACUAUAGUGUCCCUGAGCUGCCAACAAUACCAGAGGGGGGUUGUUUUGAUGAAAGUGAAAGUGAGGACUCUUGUGAAGAUAUGAGUUGUGGAGAAGAGAGUCUCAGUAGCUCUCCUUCCAGUGAUCAGGAGUGCACUUUCUUUUUCAACUUCAAAGUGGCACAGACACUGUGCUUUCCAUCUUAGAAAUCCUACUGUUCUGUGUCAGAAUUUAAAGUGUGUGUACAGGUUUCCAAGCAAUAAAUGGGGGAGUAGGUAGUUCUCUGGUCCAACCCCCAUCUAGGCAGGAACUGCAUAGACUGGAAUAUACCUACUUUCUAUUUAUUAUUCAGAUCAGAUCUGGCCUAUUUUCAUAUUUAAUCCUAAGCCAUCAAAUGGGUUAGUGCCUCUUGAACAAGUAACAAUACUUUAGACAUUGGCACUUUAUUUUUCUCGUUGAUCUUUAGCUACUUGGGGGAGGAGGGAAGGUAUUGAUACCUUCAAUUUUAUUACUUUUCAAGAAUUUUUGAAGAUGAAUAGUAUAGGUAAUCUUAAACUUUUUAUAAAGCCUUCAGGUGUCUUUAUUUAAACAGAUUGGGAGUGGGCCAGUACUUCCUUAGCAGGGAAAAUGGAUAAACCUUUAAUGGUUUAUCUUAAGUCACUCCCCUACCCCCAUUCUCAGAACAGAGAAUACUAGUAUACUCUUAAAUGUCAAACACCUUCUUUGUUUCUUUUUUUAAAUAAUCACUUACCUGUUGCCGACUCUAUAAACUUGGGAAUUAUAAUGUUGCCAUAUCUGUAAAUUUUAGUAUGUAAUGUGUUAGUUGAGGUUUCUGCCAAAGCAGAAAUAAUCAACAGGCUAUGGUUAUUAGGUAAUUGCAUUCCUAAUGCCUAAGUAUUCUCAGACUGUAGUAUUAUUUUAAUGUUAUUAAAACAAUCCAUAAUCUGAUAGUUUUGCAUGCACCUGUGUUAAAACAGUGCAGAAGGUUGAUCAGAACUAGGUAACUGUGGAAUUGUUAAAUGUUGAUCAAGUAGCACAUUUUAUCUCAUUUUCAUAUAUUAAAAAAAGUCUGCAUGAUUACAUUUUACUUCCUUUGUAAUUUACAUUUCAAAAAUAAUGGUAUUAGUGUAUGGGUGCCAAGAUUGAAUAUAGAGUAAAAAAAAAAAAAAAGGAAA